AUGAGACUAUCUACAGUUAUCGCUUUCGCUACUACGCUGAUCUCAACAUCUCUUGCCGCACCUGUAAGACUAGAGAAGAAAAAUUCAAGGUGGGACUAUGCCAGUGACCAAAUUUACGGUGUUAAUAUUGGUGGUUGGCUAGUUCUUGAACCUUACAUCACUCCUUCUUUGUUUGAAGCCUUUGGUGGAGAUGAUUCCUCAAAACCUAUAGAUGAACACUCCUUCUGUGAGAGGUAUGGUAAAGAUCAAGCAAGUGAAGUCUUGCAACAACAUUGGUCGACUUUUUAUACUGAAGAGGAUUUCCAAGAAAUUGCUAAUGCCGGUUUGAAUAUGGUUAGGAUUCCAAUUGGAUAUUGGGCUUUCCAAACAUUGGAAAAUGAUCCUUAUGUGCAAGGCCAGGUUGAAUAUUUAGAUAAGGCAUUAAGUUGGUGUGCAACUUAUGGUCUGAAAGCUUGGAUUGAUUUGCAUGGUGUUCCAGGUUCUCAAAAUGGAUUUGAUAAUUCCGGAUUAAGAGACAUUUUAACUUGGCAAGAUGUGGACUAUUAUACCAAGUUGAGUUAUUCUGUUUUGGGUGAAAUUGCUGCAAAAUAUUCAACUUCUCAAUAUGAAGACGUUGUUAUUGGCAUUCAAUUGGUUAAUGAACCUCUAGGCCCUUCACUGAAUAGAUCCAAAUUGGAAGACUAUUAUGUCAAUGGGUACCAAAUUGUUAGAGAUGAAGGUAAUGCUCCUGUUAUUAUUCAUGAUGCAUUUUUCCAAGGCGACUAUUCUUGGGAUGACUUCCUGAAUACCGAAAUCGAUCCAAAUGUUUGGGACGUUGUUAUGGACCACCACCAUUAUCAGAUUUUCUCCGUUGAAGAAUUGCAGAGAGAUAUCGAUGAACACGUUGAGUUUGCAUGUAAUCUUGGUAAAACUGAAGGUAGAGAAUACCACAAUGCGGUAUGCGGUGAAUGGACUGCUGCUCUCACUGAUUGUGCUAAAUGGCUCAAUGGAAUGGCGAGAGGCGCAAGGUAUGAUGCAACAUAUCAGAACGACACUCCAAUUGGUUCUUGUUCUAACUUGUACUUGGCUGAUUAUUCAUACUUCCAACAGGAAGAUGUUAGACAAACCUACAGAAGGUAUGUUGAAGCUCAGAUGGACGCAUACCUUCAUGAAAAGAUGAAUGGAUGGGUUUUUUGGUGUUGGAAAACUGAAAACUUGAUUGAGUGGGACUUUCAAAGGUUGGUUGAGUUGAAUAUCAUUCCUCAGCCGUUGAACUCUAGAGAGUUCUACAAUCAAUGUGGUUAUUGA